AUGGACGAGGAGAUAGAGGGUUGGGUCCGGAAGUGUAGAGCGUGCCAAGAAUCCCAACCCGAACCACCAAGCGCCCCCGCACAACGCUGGGAAACUAACAGGAAACCGUGGUCGAGGCUUCACGUCGACUUCACGGGGCCCUUCCAUGGUCAAAUAUUCUUCAUCUUGGUGGACGCAUACACCAAGUGGCUAGAAGUCAUCCUGGUAGCGUCCACCUCCAUGGUGGCGGCAAUCCGGGCGUUGCGCAAAGUCCUGAGCACGCACGGAAUCCCGGACACCAUCGUCUCGGACAACGGAACCGCCUUUACCUCCAGGGAAUUCCAGGAGUUCCUACAGAGGUACUUAAUUCGGCACAUAUGGUCCGCCCCAUUCCACCCGGCCACAAACGGCCAAGCGGAGCAAAUGGUGCGCACCACAAAGGAAGCCUUGGGCCGCAUAGUGCAAGGGGACUGGGACCACCAUUUAGCCGCCUUCCUGUUCGACAACAAGAUAACCCCCAACCUCGUCACAGGGGUAAGCCCGGCGGAAUUACUAAUGGGGCGCAAGCUUAUCACGAGACUGGAUAGGCUACACCCCGACCGGGCCUCGGACAUCCGCGGGUCCCCUGAGAUCAGGGAAGCGGCCAGGAGAUUCUUCUCGGGAGACCUGAGUGGGUAG